AUGGAGAAGUUGGAAGCUGAGACAGAUGUGGAGCCCCAGGUGCGCCCUCGUUCUUGCACCUGGCCACCUCUUCCUGAACCCCCAUCGGAUAUGCCCUUGCCUCCUCCAGGCAUGGAUCCAGGGCAGAUGAGGAAAGCCAAGAGUUCACGUAGGAAUGCUUGGGGUAACUUAUCAUAUGCAGACCUCAUCACUAAGGCCAUAGAGAGCUCUCCAGAGAGGCGCUUGACCCUAUCCCAGAUCUACGACUGGAUGGUGCGAUUCGUCCCUUACUUCAAAGAUAAGGGUGAUAGUAAUAGCUCUGCAGGUUGGAAGAACUCCAUCCGGCAUAACCUGUCACUCCAUACACGCUUUAUCAGGGUUCAGAAUGAGGGAACAGGGAAAAGUUCUUGGUGGAUGUUGAACCCAGAAGGUGGUAAAACUGGAAAGACCCCACGAAGGCGUGCAGCUUCAAUGGACAGCACAGGGGGUAAAUUCCUUCGGAUAAAGGGCAAGGCUGGAAAGAAGAAGCAGCAACAGGUGCAGACGGCCCCAGAUCAGACAAAUGAGGGCAGCCCUUCCUCCCAACAUGCCAAAUGGUCAGAGAGCCCAUCUUCGCAUACCAGUGAUGACUUUGAAGUAUGGGCUGAUUUCCACAACAGGUCUAAUACCACAGUUGGCUCAGUGAGUGGAAGACUUUCUCCUAUCAUGUCUAAUCAAGAGCCAGAUGACUUAGAUGAUGAUGAAGUUGCACCCUCUUCUCCUCUUAUGUAUCCCAGCCCAUCCAGUGCCCUUUCACCUAGCGCUCGAUGCUCAGUGGAAAUGCCACGAUUAGCUGAGUUGACAGGCACUAUUGGAUUAGGUGAUGGGCUGGCAGACCACCUGAUGGACGAGUUGCAGGAUGGAUAUAGUGUGACAUCUGGGACAGCCCUACGUCAACGUAGUCCAGGAUUUUCCUUUUCCUCCAAGUGCCCAUCUCUGAGCCCUCCUUCUGGCACCUACUGUGGCUCUAUUUACAGCCAACCAGCUAUAGGCAUGAUGAGAAGAUUGCCUAUGCAGACAAUUCAGGAGAACAAGCAAGCUGCCUUCUCUUCAGGCAGUACUUACAGGAAUUCUUCCAUUCAAGAUCUCCUUUCUACCAUGACUUAUGGACAUAAAGAAGGUACUGCACAGGGAGAGACAGGGUUAUCCCCUGUGGUAGGAGCACAGCGUAACCAUAGACAGAACUCUGGCAUGUUAAGCAGCUGUGACUCAGGCCUGGUGCCCUACUCUACCAACUUGAUGAAGAAUCACAGCUUGUACCACCCAUCCACUCUUAACCAUCACUGCUCUGUCAAUAACAGUGCCUUAGCCAAUGCUGGUGGACUGGUGAACUCUGAGUCAUGUGGCUUGGCUUCAUCACAACAUCAUUCCUAUUUCAGCAACCAGGGUGGACAUGGGAGCUUACUAGAAGCUCCAUAUCAAGGCAUGUACCAUCACCACCACCACCACCAUCACCCACAAGUGUACAAUCAGGACAGAUUUCCUGCAGACCUUGACUUAGACAUGUUUAAUGGAACAUUGGAGUGUGAUGUAGAAUCAAUUAUUCUCAAUGACUUUAUGGAUAAUGAUGAGAUGGAUUUCAACUUCGACUCAGCUCUACCACCCCAGGGUGGAUUUACCAUGGCUGCUGCACCACAACCAGUUAAUCACAGCUGGGUACAAGGGUAAAAAGGGGUCAAGCCAUUUUCCUCUGAGCAUUGGGUUGGAUUCAAUACAUACCGUAAAUUGUCAAAAGACUUUAAUUUACCUUACUGUUCUAUAUAUGUACUAUGCUGUGGAGUAGCUGUACACAUACAGAGAGAGUCAAACCUAACAAUUACAGGAUAAUGUUUCUGAAAAAGAAGGAAGUUGCAUUCUUUACUAUCCCUUAUGUGCUACAAAGGUGGCAUGGGCUUGUUUAGAAAGGUAAAGGCAUAUCAUGCAUAGGAGACCUUGUCAUCUCAUCACCCCCUUUACAAACAUGAUAUGAGAUAAGAAGAUAUCCUCUGCAUGAUGGAUGGUGUAGAGUUUUUGAGACCUUUUGUUAUGAGUAAAGAACACCAUCUUUCAGAACUCAAAAUUGCUGUCAAUCUUUAAAAAACAAAGUAUGUUUUUAGUAGGUUAUGCUAUAAUAUUAUAAAAAGGGUCUCAUGCACAGGAUUUCAAUAGUAGAUGUAUUUAUUUAUAUAACCCUUUAUAUGAGAAACUUUAUUCAAUGCAAAGUUAUUUUUUCUUUUUUUUCUCACCUUAUAUGGA